GCCCCCGCGGCGCGGCCCCCUGAGCGCCGCACCGAGCCCCCGCACCCGCUGCGCGACGGGACGCGACGGGACGGCACGGGCGGCUCCUCGAGCUCCCACAACCCCCCCGCCGGGCCGCGCCGGGCUCGGCGACCCCCGCCCCGAGGAGCCGCGGUGGGGCUCGCCGGGGAUGCGGGGGGGGAGCCCGCCGGGGCGCACCGACAGACACCGAGACGACCUGUGAAGAAGCUCCAUGAAGGUGACCAGCCAUGCAAUGUUCCUGGAAGGCUGUCCUCCUACUAGCCUUGGCGUCCAUCGCGAUCCAGUACACGGCGAUCCGGACCUUGACCGCCAAGUCCUUCCACAGCUGCCCCAUCGCCAACCCCGUGAACUGCAGCCUGAGCCAGGACCCCGACGCGGCCGAGCGCCUGUGCGACGAGAGCCCCACCUUCUCCUAUAACCUCUCCAGGAAGACGCACGUCCUCAUCCUCGCCACCACCCGCAGCGGCUCCUCCUUCGUCGGGCAGCUCUUCAACCAACACUUUGACGUCUUCUAUUUAUUUGAGCCCCUCUACCACGUCCAGUACACCCUGAUCCCAAAGCUGACCCAGAGCAAGAGUACGACGGACAGGAGGUUGAUGCUGGGGGCCAGCCGAGACCUCCUGAGGAGCCUCUACGACUGCGACCUCUACUUCUUGGAGAACUACAUCAAACCCCAGCCCGUCAACCACACCACCGACCGCCUCUUCCGCAGGGGAGCCAGCAAGGCCCUGUGCUCGCCGCCCGUCUGCGAGGCCAUGGGGGCCGCCGACCUCCACCUGGAAGAAGGAGACUGCGUGAAGAAGUGCGGGACCUUGAACCUGACGCUGGCCACCGAGUCGUGCAGAGAGCACGGGCACGUGGCCAUCAAAACCGUGCGGGUGCCCGAGGUCAGCGACUUGAGGGCUUUGGUGGAGGACCCGCGCCUCAACUUGAAGGUCAUCCAGCUGGUGAGGGACCCCCGGGGUAUCCUGGCAUCGAGGAGCGAGACUUUCCGGGACACCUACCGGCUGUGGAGGAUCUGGGACGGCACGGGCAGGAAACCCUACAACCUGGACGUCAGCCAGCUCACCACGGUGUGCGAGGACUUCUGGAACUCCGUGUCCACGGGCCUCAACCGGCCGCCGUGGCUCAAAGGCAAGUACAUGUUGGUGCGGUACGAAGACCUGGCCAGGAACCCCAUGAAAAAAACCGAGGAGAUCUACGAUUUCCUGGGCAUCCCCAUGGACGUCAACGUGGAACGUUGGAUACAGAACAACACCCGUGGGGACAGGUCUUCCUCCAAACACAAGUACGGGACGGUGCGGAACUCGGCGGCGACGGCGGAGAAGUGGCGCUUCCGGCUGUCCUACGAGAUCGUGGCCUUCACCCAGCGCGCCUGCCAGCCCGUGCUGGCACAGCUCGGCUACAAAUCCGCCACCUCCGAGGAGGAGCUCAAGAACCUCUCCAUCAGCUUGGUGGAGGAGAGAGACUUCCUGCCCUUCUCCUAAGGCAGCGCUUCCCCCUCCAACUCGCCCCCCCCCUCCCGGUUUUGAUACUGAACCGUUUCUAACUGUUGCCUUAUUUUUUUUCCUUCCCUUUCAUUUCCUCCCUUUCUUUUUUUUUUGUCUUUUGGGUUGGUUUUUUUUUUUGCCCCUCCCCUCCAAAAUUUGCACUAAACCUUGAGCGGGCGUCUCAGCAGCUGAGGCCAGGGGAAGCGAGCGCUGCCUCUCGCUACGUGCCGGCCGCAAGAGGAGUCGGGUCUCUCCAAGCAAGAGCUUAGAACUGUGGAUGGGUAACAAAUGUUUACAAAGACACACACACACAAAAUGUACAAAGCAACCUUCGAGCUUUCCAAACCAAGGAUUCCUGGGGUACUGUACUUUUUGCACUGUUUACUUUUACAAUGUAAGAGGUAAAUAUAAUUUAUGAAGGGUGUUGUCCCCUCUAGAAUUAACUCUCCCCUUGCCCCCAGCUGAGCAGGGCAGACUGGAAGCUGAACGUGGGACAACCUCCUUGGUUUUGAGCUUGGUACAAACGUGUCUGUCUGGUUAAAGUCCUGGUAUUGGGGCUGAGCACUUGGUCAGCUGCUCCUAUGUGGUUGGUCGGUUAACA